AUGACAACCAUGUCAAGAAGAUAUACACCAAACAUAAUUAUAACAGGUACACCUGGGUGUGGGAAAUCAUCUCAUUCCCUGAGUUUAGUUUCUCAACUCAAUCAAACUCUUGGUAAAGAGACGACGAUUCAUUUCAAGCACUUUAAUAUCAGUGAAAUAGCAAAGGAAAGAGACUGCAUUGAAUCUUAUGAUGCCAAGUUAGAUACUUCGAUUGUAGACGAAGACAAAUUGCUAGACUCGUUAGAGCCUGAUUUGGAAAAGGGGGGAGUGGUCGUUGAUUGGCAUUGUUGUGAUAUUUUCCCAGAAAGAUUAAUUGAUUUGGUGGUUGUAUUGCGUACAGACAAUUCCAAUUUGUUUGAUCGAUUAAAGACUAGAAACUACAAUGAUCUAAAAUUACAAGAAAACUUGGAUUGUGAGAUCAUGGAAGUGAUAUUACAAGAAGCAAAGGACAGCUAUAUUCCUGACAUAGUAAUUGAGUUGCGUUCAGACACAGCUGAAGAGAUGGAUGAAAACGUUGAUAGAAUAAGCUCUUGGGUGGAAACAUGGAUAGAGGACCAUCCAGAUGGGGUUAGCAAUGAAUUGAACAAGCAAUAUAACCCAGAUGAUUCUUCUGAUGAAGGUGAUGACAACAGCGAUUCCGAUGAAUAUGAACUUGAAGAAGACGAACAAGAAGAAGAGGAGGAAAGAGAAGAGUACGAUGAAGAGACCAAUGAAGAGAUGGAGCAUACAGAAGAUAUUGCACAAUAG